AUGAAAUUCAUACAUGAAAUAUACCCAGGCCAUUUUUCCUUUAUAGUAGGAGACUAUCAGAGUAGCUCUAAGGGGAGAUCAAAUCCGCACUGUAUCACUAUAUACCCAUCUUAUCCCCGUAGAUCUUUUGCAAGAAGUGUGCAAACAACAAACCAUGAAAAUAGUGGGAAAACCUUACCCCUAAUUUUAUUUCCUGAGUCUAGCAUGUAUGUAUAAUCUGAACGAAGAAGCAUAGUAAGUCUCUCUAGUGGUAAUAGUAUUGAAGAUAUAUUUGAUAGCAUCUAUCACUUCUUCAAACUAGAUUUAGAUUUAGAUUUAUUGCAAUUUUUAAACACGAAUAUGAAAAUCGUCAUUUUUAAAUAUUGUGAAGAGCGCAUAGACUUUUGCUUCACAAAUUCGAAUACCAUAUGUACUAGAAGUAGAUAUCGAAUGAUGCUUUUCUUAUCAUUUGGGAGACCGUGUUGUUGCCCAGCUUUACAAAAAUAAUCAAUUUUUCUCUGCAGAUUUUGUGCUGUGAUCACGAAUUCAGCUGUGACCGUUUUGCAAUUUUUUUCGAAAAACGAAGAUAUAGUCAACGCCAAACAAAGUGGCGUGCAC